AUGAUCCGUAUGCGUUUGUAUCAAUUGGAUCGUGAGGCCAUAGAACGCAUUACUUUGAUAGUAUUAGUGACCGACGCUCGUAACCAACCAAUCUUCACGGCCACCACCACUGUUUCGAUCGAAAUUCUGGAUGAAAAUGACAACAGUCCAGUGUUUGUCAAUCCACCUGCCAAUAUGCAAAGUGGUGACCUGGCGCAUGCAUUCACAAUCCGAGAAAAUUCACCCAAAUUCACUCGACUUAGCGGUCUUCUGGAGGCUAGGGAUCCAGAUGCUGUAAGUUUGGAUUUUAGGAGCGAUUUCCAUAGAACUGAACUGAACUGA